AGUGACGCAUUGUAACGCAUGUUUUUCUUUAUUUUUAAAUUAUUACAAAUUAUUACACAAUCAUGGGGAAGUCUGUACGGUGUCAGUUUUCCAGCAGACAGCUGACACCCUACAAAAGGAGGGUAAGUCGCAGGGGGUCAUUGCUAAAAAACAAAUGGCUGUCCACAGAGUGCUGUAUCCAAACAUUUUAAUGGAAAGCUGAGUGGUAGGAAAAAAUCUGCCAGAAAAAAAUCCAAUCAAUGACAUGGGCUACAAGUGUCACAUUUUUGCAUUAAGCCCCUUCUGAACUGAAAACACUGUCAGAAGGAUCUUACUUUGCUUGAUGGUGCAAAGUUCUCAUAUUUAAUUUGGAAGUCAAAGUCCAGGAAUCUGGGAGAAGAGGGGACAGGCACAGAAUUCAAGCUGCUCGGAGCCCAGUAUGAAGUUUUCAGUCAGUAAGCAGUUUUGGAGCCAAGUCAUCAGCUGGUGUUGGUUCACUGUUCUUUAAUUGAUCCAAAGUCAGUGCAACCGUCUUUGUUUUUCUCUUUUGUAAUAUUCAAAUGUUCUGAGAGCCUGGAUUUGGGGUUUCCACGAGCUAUAUGCCAUAGAAAAUGACUAAAUUAAGCACAAAAAAUAUGCUUCUCUAUGUGCAAUGAAUGUAUGUAAUAUGAGUUUCACCUUUUCAGCAGAAUUAAUUAACUUUUCAAUGAAAUUCUAAUUUACCGAGGUGCAUUUUAGGUGGUGCUCGUGAUAAAACACGAGAGUUACAGCCUUAGAAGUAUUUUGUGUAAAUAUGACUUUUAAACAACUGUAUUUGGUCUCCCAUUAAAGAUUAACUUCCUCAACCUUCGAUCGAGCGACUGCACUAUUAGCCCCGCCCUCUGAUUACAUUAACCAAUAGAAACGCGCAGCGACUCUUCACCUUCACCCUCCUCAUUGGUGCUCGGUGUGACCGUGGAAGGAAGUUCCUCCUGGAGCAGAUUUGUCCGGAUUCGAUGCCUUACUUUAUUUAAAAAGAAAAACAAUCCGCGCAGCCGUGAUUGCGCAUAAAAUGUCCCGCAUGGAGUGUCUGCCUGAGGAUGAGAGGGAGUUUCAAAAGGUUCUGGCUCAGAUCGGAGGAAAGGAGAGGAUACAUCUGGUCAGCGAUGUCUGUGGAAGUAAGGAGGUGGACGAAGAUCACGUUGGGAUAUUUCAGGAGUUCAUACGUGACAUGUUUCACAACAGCAACCCUGAGACCAGCGAAAGGCAGCCUUCAUGCCAUGCCAUGGGCGAUCAUCAUGGCGAUCCUGAGAGCGAGGCAGAGACCGGCACAAGCAACGAGAUACCGCUCACGGUGAAGAGCGAGGGUUCGGAGGAGGACGGGGAGAAGGAGAAGCGGCCGAAGAGCAACCCUCAGAGAACCGCAACCAGGAGGGCCAAUAUUUACAGUUCCAAGCGGGCCAUUGAUUCCCCGGUCAUCGUGUUCAUCUUCAAACAGACGUUCAUCUGCAAAGCCUCAAACGAGCUGUGUCUGCUGGAGAUCCUGAAGGACGUAAAGGCGCGCACGAAGCGUGGCUCGGUCCCCCGGCCUGCUCUGAUUGGAUUAAUACGCACAACGCAGGACGGCGCUGAGACGCAGCGGUGUGCGCAAGUCCUGGAGCGUGUGAUGCGCUUCGUGUUCCGCAAACACUCGCUAGAAACGAUAUGGGUCGGUUGUUUUAUCCCCAAAACAGAAGACAGAGUCCUGAGCGUCAAGAAAAACGUCUGCAGAGCUGUUUACGCUGCAUCUCAAACAGCAGAUAAUGCCGGGGACAGAGGGAGCCUGCUUCGGUGGCCAAUCCAGUGUUGUUCCAGGCCUCCGAGGGGAGAGGCCACAAGACAGACCAACAGCAAAUCUUCAAACUGCAGACAAAAAGGUGAAGAUGGAAGCCCAGAGGAAGGACUCCCUCUGAAAACCGGCACCCUGUCUUCUGAACCUCAUGUGAAAGCUGGAGUGGACCACUGAUGUCAGGAUAUGUGACUAACUGUCGACCUAUCACUGUGGACACUCACAUCCUCUCUGGAUGUUUAAAAAACACCUGAGGUGGUGUGACAGGAUGGUUAUUUCAUGGUGCUGAAAAUCUCACCUCUGAGUCAUCUAGAUUUCUAUCCUGGAAGCUGCUGCCUGACACCUUGUUCUUAUGCUUAGCAACAAGGCAAUUUACUGUAUCUUUGUAGAAUUACUGUAAUAUUGACAGGGCAUUAUGAUCUACUGAGAUGUGAUGCAUUAUUAAGCACAGAACUGUAAAGAAGAGCAACAGAAUAGCUGCUCAUUGGUAUAAUAGUGUCAGAUCUUAUUUAAACAGCCUUGAGCCGAAGUGAGCUUUCUUCGUUAAAUAUUUUUUGUUAUGUGAUACUUUAAAAACUUAAACAAGCUAGGUCUUUAUAUGUUAUUCUAUAUUGUUUUUAGUUUUAGUUGCACUGUCUUAGGUGAUACUGUGACCCAGAAGUGCUCUAGCUGCUGCACAGAAACUAUAUUACCCACAGAUCUUAAAGAGCUUAUUUUGUAUGCAGUGAAGCAACGUGAUUUUGUUUACAUUUUCACUUUCAUUUUAGGAGAAUUAUGUGCCUUAGAAAAGUACUGUUGGAACUACUGUUUAUCUCAUGAACUUAAUGCAACUGUUUAAAGUUUUUAAGUAUUUAUUUAGCUGUCAGUUUGACUGCCUGUAUGAAUAAACACAUGUUAACAUGGA